AUGGUAAAUACGCACUCUCCCUAUCUUUUUUCUUGAAAAUUUUUAAUUUGCAGACGACGACGGAACCAGCAUUAGAUCCUUGCAAUGAUUUUUAUGAUUAUGUCUGUGCAACGGACACCAGGGUGAUCAAUAAUCUCACAUUCACUGGUAUGAACGAAGAAUUGGAAGUACUUGUGAGUAAACGUUUCUAUUCUUUUUCAAAUCAGCAUUCAGGUACCAGAAGAGAACUCGACCAUUACCAAUAAUGGAACUAUAGUUCCCCUUAGUCAACUAGUCAAACUGACCCGUUUGAUGAAGUGGUGCACUGAAAUUGAAGUUCUCUACACAGGAGUGUUCACGAGAGACUACUUUGGAGACCUUGAUUCGGUUACCAAAAUGAAUCACUCUGAGAGAUACACAGCUGUUGUGGCGAGACUUGAUGCCUUGAACUCGACGGUGAGACCAGGGUUAUGACUCAGCGACAGAUGAGUUUUUUUUUCAGAUGGUUAACAUAUUCUACAACGCACUCACUGCCAACAUUGAAAUUUUGAAUGCGAUACAAGCACCGGUUUCAAAGAAGAAUGCUUUUUUGCAUUGGAUAUUUGGAUCUCUGAAGAACAGCACAAUAGAUGAGAUUCAAGUGAGCUUCAGUGUAAAAAAGAGUUGUACAGAGCAUCAAAUUUUUCAGAAAUCUAACCUGUCGGACAGAGCGAAAAGAGUGUUGAAAAAGGGAAUCCAAAUGUCACAUAGUUAUUUCGCAUUCUAUGAUUAUAACAAUGUGACAGUGAUUGAGGAAACCAAAUUAGUGUAUGAAACGGAGUAUCACCGACUGAGAAACAGUUUAUCUUUAGAGUAAGAUUAGGCACUGAACGUUUUUAUACAUUAUAUUUGCAGAGAUCUCCUAAACCCGCUGGCGAACAAGAUUCUUCGAUUGGGAGCAACUGAUGCCGCAAUGAUCAGAAUCUCUCAGUAUAUUGAGCAUGACGAUCGGUUCAUGUUCCAAGCAAUUGUGGCAAAUCCAACUAAUGACGCUUUUCAAUAUCUGAAUAACAACCAUAUAACUGUCAUAACCAGAAACGAUCCUCAUCAACCUGAAAAAGCUGUAAGUUUUGUUAUGACCUAUUGCCAAAGCAUUGAAUGGAAUUCAGGUAGCGGAUACAGUUUUCGUGACGACUCAUGAGAUCCUCCACAGAAUCUAUCCAUACGGAUUCUUUCUUAUCGGAGCAAAUGUUUCGAGUAGUGCAAUGAAAUGCGCACAGAGGGAGGUGGAACAGUUAGGGAAUAGCGAUGCGGUGAAGCCGAAGGAAGGGUGGUUCAACAAAGAAGUUGCUCAUGAGGAUGUGGUGAAUGUGAUGGCAAUGAGGAUUGUGAUGAAGAUGGCGGCGAACAAAUCCGUGAAUGAAAAACAGGUCUGAGAUUAUCUGUUUCUCUUCGAUUUUCAGUCAUUCAGUUAAAAGAAGCACUCGAGACUAUAAUCGGUGGUCUUUGUAAACAAAAUCAACGGAAGAACGAGCCGAUUCCUCAUCAUCAUCCACUGGAAAUUUCUCUAAACAAUGCAGUCCGUCAGUAUCCCAUGUUCAGUUCCCUCUACGGUUGUCGUGCCGGAGAUCGAAUGUUUGCAAAGCCCGUAAGCUCCUUCCUGGUUCUUUGUGCCACGUGUCUUUUGUUCCAGGAAGACUUCUGCAAGCCAUUGGGCAACGAUGUGAAUAUUGAGGAUUAUUCGGUGAAAAACAAUGCGUUCAGCAAAGACGUCGGUGGCUUUUUUAAGGAUUUGAUGAAUACAUCAAAAUCGCUGAAUUUUUCCUACGGUGUUCUGUAA